UUUUCCGAAUCUUCAUCAUUUCAGAAAACCACAUACCUAUCAAUCCACACAUUUCCACUCAAUUUCCUUAUCAGUUUUUAUAUAACCAAACCUUUUUAUUAACUGUUGUUGAUAAUUAGAAGCCUAAUGGAUGCGUCAAAUGAGCAGACCACGGAGAGAACCGAUCUCCAACGACCGUUGGUGGAUCAAAAAUCACCAUCCUCGGACGUCGGACUUGAGAGCAUUUUAACGGAGAAUAGCCUUCCGUACAGGAGGCGCGUGUACUUAGGCGCAUGUAUAGAACUGAAAAUACUUCUCAGGUUAGCACUUCCGGCGAUACUUGUCUAUAUAGUCAACAGUGGAAUGAGUAUCUCUGCUAGAAUAUUUGCCGGACAUAUCGGCAGCCACGAACUCGCCGCUGCUUCCAUCGGAAAUAGCUGCUUUAGUCUCGUCUACGGCCUCAUGUUAGGUAUGGGAAGUGCAGUCGAGACUCUAUGUGGACAAGCAUAUGGAGCUCACCGCUACGACAUGCUUGGAAUCUAUUUCCAAAGAGCAACUAUUGUCCUCGCUCUAGUUGGUUUGCCCAUGACAGUACUAUACACCUUCUCGUACCCCAUUCUACUUCUGUUAGGUGAGCCCGAAAUGGUCUCGUACAUGGGUUCCUUGUAUAUCGUCGGGCUUAUGCCUCAGAUCUUCGCUUACGCCGUCAACUUCACGGCUCAAAAGUUUCUCCAGGCCCAAAGCGUGGUGACGCCCAGUGCUUACAUCUCAGCCGCAGCUCUCUUCCUCCAGAUCUCGCUAACGUGGAUGACCAUUAACGUGAUGGGCUUUGGUCUUAUGGGCAUCUCUUAUGUUCUGACUAUCUCUUGGUGGGUCAUAGUUAUGGCGCAGAUUUUGUAUAUUACGAGUAGUCAAAAGUUUAGACACACGUGGACUGGUCUUAGUUGGAGAUCGUUUCAUGGUCUUUGGAGUUUUUUCAAACUCUCUAUUGGUUCUGCUGUUAUGAUCUGUCUGGAGAUGUGGUAUUCGCAGAUUCUUGUUCUUCUCGCUGGUCUGCUUAAAGAACCUGCUCUCUCUCUAGAUUCUCUGUCCAUAUGCAUGUCAGUUUCAGCAUUAUCUUUCAUGGUCUCCGUAGGCUUCAACGCAGCUGCAAGUGUGCGGACAAGUAAUGAGCUUGGAGCAGGAAAUCCAAAAUCCGCUUUGUUCUCUACAUGGACAGCGACUUCUGUUUCCUUCGUGAUCUCUCUUGCAGAGGCCCUCGCCGUGAUAGCAUCACGUGAUUACAUUAGCUACAUUUUCACGUCGGAUGCUGACGUGGCUAAAGCCGUCUCUGACCUCUGCCCAUUUCUCGCCGUCACCAUCAUUCUUAACGGAAUCCAACCCGUCUUAUCCGGAGUGGCAGUGGGAUGUGGAUGGCAAACAUUCGUUGCAUAUGUGAAUGUUGGUUGCUACUAUAUUGUUGGUAUUCCUAUUGGCUGUAUACUCGGCUUCACUUUCAAUUUUCAAGCUAAGGGAAUAUGGACCGGGAUGAUCGGAGGUACCCUCAUGCAAACCCUCAUUUUACUUUACGUGACGUACCGAACAGAUUGGGAUAAAGAGGUGGAAAAAGCGAGAAAGCGAUUGGAUAUGUGGGACGAUAAGAAGGAGCCUCUUCAAAAUUAAACGAGUAAUGGAUUUCAUGAAAAAUGUAAUUUAUGUUUCGAUGUAUAGAUUUAUAUUUAUUGAGAAUUUUAUUCUAAAAUCAGAAGGAGCCUAUUCAGUA